GUGAGCUGCUCGGAGUUCUGUACGCGACUCGCGAGCACUUCGUAUGCAAAAUCGAACAGAAAAAGAGAAGAGAAAAACAAAAAUAAGGUGAAGAAAAGAAGUGUCGGGUAUAAAGGAACCUCCUUGGCCGUUCACAUGUCAGUUGAGAGAGGCGUCUGAUGGUCUCCAGUCCUGAUGUGAGGAAGGAAUCUUAGAAGAUCGGAGAUAUGAAGAGAGAGAAGAGUUUAACACAGACCAUGGCCUCAGCCAAAGAGGAUGGUGUGGAUCAAAGCCUGGCCCACAUUAAACAAGAGGACUGUGAGUGGGGUGCGCCAGGCGGUUUGUCUGUGAAGCUGGAGGAUUGUGAAGGACAAAUAUCCAUUUUUAAAGAGGAGGAGUGCAAGGGGGGGAUUGUUGAAGUUAAAGUGGAGGAAGAACAUUUGUCAGUUAGUCCUGAACUGCAGAACCUCGCAACUGAGAAUAUUUUCAAGCAAGAGAAUUUUGAAGAGUCUCAUUCCGGUUUACAGUCCUGGCCCGCUAAUGUCGGACAGCUGGCUACCCAGCAGGACUCUGUAGACCUGAAAUCGGAGCUCCCUGAAUUUGACGAGAAAGUCGAGGAAGGAAACCAGAGAGAAGGGGGAGAGCCUCAGUCAUCUCGGAGUGCGGGAAUGACUUUACAAGAGCAUGGCAGCUGCUUUUUGUCGUCUUUUGCCGAGACGUCUCUUCAGUGCAAACUGCAGGACAAGAAGAUGAAGAAAUCUACAAGAGUGUGUGAGAAUCUGAUAGCAGCCUCUUCACUGAGCAUUUCUCCUCCUUCAAGGGAUGCCAUCGGCACUGACCAACAACAAGGGCAUAACACAGAUCAGGAGGGUGAGAAAACAUUUAAAAACAAACCCGACUGUGAAGAUCGGAAGUCAGUUUAUACAAAACCAAAGCCAUAUUGCUGUUCGGAAUGUGGCAAACGAUUCCUCCAUAACUGCAGGCUUCAGGCACACUUAAAAAUUCAUACUGGCGAAAAAUGUCAUUCCUGCUCUGAAUGUGGCAAACAACUUUCUGACAUUUACAGUCUCCAAAGACAUUUAAGACUCCACACUGGAGAAAAGCCGUAUGGCUGUGCUGAAUGUGGGAAAAGAUUUAUUCAAAGUAGCCAUCUUCAGAGCCACAAAGGCAUUCAUACCGGAGAGAAGCCAUUUGGCUGUUCAGAAUGUGGCAAAACAUUUCUCUAUAACAGCAAUCUUCUGGCACACAUAAGAAUUCAUAUUGGAGAAAAAUCUCAUUGCUGCUCUGACUGUGGCAAACGGUUUUCUGACAGUCGUAGUCUCCAAAGACAUGCAAGAAUCCACACUGGAGAAAAGCUGUAUGGCUGUGCUGAAUGUGGGAAAAGAUUUUUUAAAAUUAGCAGUCUUCAAAGCCACACAAGAAUUCAUACUGGAGAGAAGCCAUAUGGCUGCUCUAAAUGUGGCAAAAGAUUUGCUCAAAGUAGCAAUCUUCUGAGCCACACCAGAAUUCAUACAGGAGAGAAGCCAUAUGGCUGUUCUGAGUGUGGCAAACGGUUCACUCAAAGCAGCAGUCUUCAAAGUCACUCAAGAAUUCAUACAGGAGAGAAACCAUAUAUUUGUUCUGAAUGUGGGAAAAGAUUCACUUACCAUAGUGCUCUUUGGCAUCAUAAACAAAUUCAUACUGGAGAGAAGCCAUAUUGCUGUUCUGAGUGUGGCAAACGAUUCAACAGCAGCAGUCAUCUCCAUAGCCACUCAAGAAUUCACACAGGGGAGAAGCCAUAUGGCUGUUCUGAAUGUGGCAAACGAUUCACCCAGAGUAGCAGUCUUCAGAAACACAUACGAAUGCACACUGUUGUGCAGUUGGGAGCCCUGCUUCUCAGGUCACAUGGCUGUGCAGUGAGGUGUCCGAUUAACCCCCGAAUCCCCCCACCCCCCCUUGCCUGGGCUCUAACUGUGAAGAGGAAAGCGAGGAAGCAGACACUUGUGGAAAGGGAAGAGUUUCCCACGCAGAGCAUGGCUUCAAACAAAAAGGACGUCGUGGAUGAAAAACUGGCAUGCAUUAAGCAAGAGGACUGUGAGUGGGGGGCACCAGAGGGUGUGUCUAUCAAACUGGAGAGUUGCGAAGGAAGAAUUUCGUCCUUUAAAGAGGAGGAGUGCAAGGGAGAGACGGUUGAAGUUAAAGUUGAGCAGUUUGAAGAUUUAUCGGUUAGUCUUGGACUUCUAAACCAUGAAAGUGGGGAUUUUGCCAAGGAAGGCAUCGGUGACGAAUCUCACCCCAGUUUACAGCCCUGUGUCACUAAUUCGGGACAAGUGGCCAACGAGCAGAAUGCUAUGGAAGUGAAAUCAGAGUUGGAAGAGGAAAUCACAGAAGGAAAUGGGAGAGAGGAAGAGCAGCGGUCAUCCAGGGAUGGUGGAACAGAUGUCCCAGAGAACUGCAGCGUCUCCCCAGCUUUAUUUGUUCAGACCUCUCUUCAGGGCAGACUGCAAGACAAACAGGACAAGGUAAAGAUGAAGAAAUCAACAAGACGAUCAGAAAAUGUGACCUCAGCCUCUUUGAAGUGUAGUUCUCCAAAUGGUGUCAAACUAGUACAGAGAGAAGCUAGUAGCACUGAUCAGAAACAGCAAUAUAAUACAGAUGAAGAGAAUAGAAAAUGCAGAAAAAUGUUCAAAAACACUCCUGACUGCAGAGAUCAUACGUUAAUUCAUACGAGUCAGAAGCCCUAUGCCUGUUCUGAGUGUGGCAAAUGGUUCCCUUACAGCAGCUUGCUUAAUAAACACAUGAGAAUUCACACUAAAGAGAAACCUUAUUGUUGCUCUGACUGUGGGAAAGGAUUCUCACAAGUAAGCCAUCUUCAGACCCACAGAAGAAUUCACACUGGAGAGAAACCACAUUGCUGUUCUGAAUGUGGGAAAGGAUUCUCACAGACAAGCAGUCUUCAUAGGCACAGAAGAAUCCACACUGGAGAGAAGCCAUAUUGCUGUUCUGAAUGUGGGAAGCGGUUCUCAGUACUGAGCCAUCUUCAGAGGCACACAAAAAUCCACUACACUGGAGAGAAAUCUUAUGGCUGUUUGGAAUGUGGCAAAGUAUUCAGUGACAGCAGUGCCCUUGAGACGCAUACAGAAAUUCAUAACGGAGAGAAGCCUUAUUCCUGUUCUGAGUGUGGUAUAGUGUACUCCAACUAUAGCAAUCUUUCUGAACACAAAAGAAUUCACAUUAGAGAGAAACUUUACAGUUGUUCUGAAUGUGGCAAACAGUUCCAUUACUGCAGCGGCCUUAAUAGACACAUGAGAAUUCAUACUGAUGAGAAACCUUAUUGUUGUUCUGAAUGUGGAAAAGCAUUCUCACAAGUAAUCCAUCUUCAGACCCACAGAAGGAUCCACACUGGGGAGAAACCUUAUUGCUGCUCUGAAUGUGGGAAAGGAUUCUCACAAAUAAGCAGUCUUCAUAGGCACACAAGAAUCCACACUGGAGAGAAGCCAUACUGCUGUUCAGAAUGUGGAAAACGAUUCAUUGACAAUAGUGCUCUUUACCGUCACACACAAAUUCAUACCGGAAAGAUCAAAUUAAGAAAAAUUAAGAAAAGAAAUUCUAGGCCUGUCUAGAUGCCCUACCAAUUACCAUAACUCCAUAUGAAUUCCAGAAGGAAGCAAUAUUAGGAACAAGGCAAGUACUACGCAAAGUCCUGGCAACCAACUUAAGAAAACAAAAAUGUCAGCAGUGCAGAAAUCACUCAAGGAAAAACGGCUACGAUUCAGGACUCAAGAAUAGGGUUCACUUUUGUACUGAAAGUAAGGAAACUAAAUCAUUACUGAGAAAUUAUUCCCCAAGAGAAACCAUUUUGCUAUUCUUAAUGUGGCAAAUGAUUCCCAAUUCUAAGCCAGCUUUAGAGGAAUAUACCCACUGGAGAGAAACCUUAAGGCUGUUCUGAAAGUGGCAAAGUAUUCUCAGAUAUUGGUGAUCUUGAGGUGCACACAGAAAUUAAACUGGAGACAACCAUAUUUUUCUUCUGAAUGUGGCAAACAGUUCCAUUAAUACAGCUUGCCUAACAUGAUUAUUCACACUGAAGAGAAGCUGUAUUGUUGUUCUGAAUAUGGGAAAGGAUUCUCAAUAGUAAGUCACAAGUACUACGCAAAGCCCCGGCAGCAAAUCUAACAGAAUUAUAGCUGUAGCCAUGCAAAAAUCACCACAAAAGUGAGUCUCGGAAUGUAAGCAAGCUAAACCAUUGUUGAGAAAUUAAUCCCCGAUGGUAACCUAAUUGCUGUUUUGAAUGUGAGAAACGAUUCCCACAAUUAACCAGUCUUCAGAGGUAUACAAGAAUUCCCAAUGGAGAGUAGCCAUACUGCAGUUUUGAAUGUGGCAAGCGAUUCCUUAGCAGGGGCACUCUUCAGAAGCACACACAAAUUACAAUAAUAAUUCAUUACAUUUAUAUAGCGCUUUUCUCAGUACUCAAAGCGCUAUCCACACAGGGAGGAACCGGGAAGUGAACCCACAAUCUUCCACAGUCUCCUUCAUAGUGGAGAGAAACCAUCUUGUUCUAGAUUCACCAGUUACCGAAGUCUUCAAGUAUCCCAAAGAAACACACAUUUGGAGAGAAACCUCAGUGUUGUUCUAAAUGUAGCAAACAAUUUUCUGACGGUAGAACUGUUAAGUCACUCACAAACUAAAACUGGAGUUAAAGAAGACCUUAAGGUGAACGAUAAGAGGGGAAGGAGGACAAAGACUCCAAAUAUCACUCACCUAACCACUCAGGUUCUGAGGAGUACCUUCACUUGGUGGACUUUGCUGUAUAAGACUGGAUGAGGGGGAAAAAAGCUUGAAACUGCCGGUCUGUUGACUUUGGAACACCCUGACUUUCUUUGUACCGACACAUUUCAAUUAGAAAAUGAGAUCAUCUGUCACAUCUGACUUUAUAUUUUGUUCUCUGGUAACAGUUUACAAAUAAAAAGUCUUGUUUCUUUUAACCAGAUAUUUACUUAUGACUUUUAAUAUGUUUAACUAAUUUGAGGUUUUUCAUAAUACUUAAUGUUUCUGGAAUAUACCAUUUAUCUGUAUGCUGAUUGGUGUAAAUUAAAACAUAUUGAAACUUGUUUUGUGAAUAGCCCUAAAUGAAAAGACUCUGCUCUGUUAGAUUUCUUCAUUCCGCCAUGUUGCAUUAAAAGCAGCACAUGGGACCCCACCAUGUUGGAGUUUAUUUUUAA